UAAGUUAGUCUACCAUGUUUGGUGGGCUGAGCGGAAAUUUGUAGACGGGCUCCCGGGGAACUCAAAAGACAACGGUUGGCCCACACACGCACAAUGUGGCUUUGUCGCUUGGCUCUACCUGCCCUAACAAGGCUCGAUAUUGUCAAGGCAAUUGUUAUCCAUCCUCUCUGUGGCGUUGACUUACUCUGCCUUUGUCCGUUCUACUCCUCUUCGUUAUCGAAUUCCAUUCACCGAACCCAUAACGACGACCAUGCCAGAAGUACUACGACGUCGCAACGACUCUCCUCCGCAACCGUUAAGUAGCACCGGCGAUUGUUCACCGUCUACAGACGAAAACUCUUCCCGUGCACCAUCCUCACGGCCUCGCUCGCAGCUGUUCAACUUUGACAAAGCAAUGGCGUGGCUUUCCCGCACUCCGGCAACUCCGACCAGACCGACCUCUCCCACUCAAUCUACUACUAGUGGUGGGAGGUCCCCUCGCUCUCCUCCCUCCAAGCCGCCGCGCAGCUCUCUCAGUACGCCGCCUGCUUCCCCAAAGGCCAAGGCGCCUCCUCUGCCUACUCAACCGGCAGCGAGGCCUAGCAGGGAUGAACUGCGCAAGACGACGGUCAGGUCGAAGGAAUCAGAGCAGGCGCUGAUGGACCCAGAAGCGUACACCAUCAACCGAGCGAAGCUGGUCAACCUUCGGCCCGUCAUCGAUACCUCCCCUCCCUCCACGAUUCGAAGGGCCGGAGGACCACCGACGGCACAGUCCCGUCCGUCGGUGAAGCCGUUGACGCCCUGCCGCUCUUCGCUCAAGCGGAGUACGAAUGACGUUCCGCCCUCGCCUUCCUUCCCACCAAGUUCGAUCGUCCCGUUCAACCGACUAGUCCUUGAGCCGUCUGCCCUGCCGCCGUUCGAACCUCAGCUGCUGGCCGGACCACCGCAGUCGGGAACGUAUAGCAGGAACAGUCUCGUUACCCUUGAAACGUCGAGCAUGACCAUGCGCACAACGAUAGAUACGUUGACCUCCCGACCCUCCCUUCUCGCACACUACAUCCUCGAGCUCUGCCCCAACCCUCCGUCUGGCCCGCCAAAGGUGCCGACCGAGACUCUCCACAUAUUCCUUGAUCGGCCUUCUUCGCCGUACAAUAUCAUCCUCUCAUAUCUGCGCCUGCCACGGUCGAGGGACAACUCCCUCCCCGCACUGCCUCGUGCCGUCCAACUCCCCUCGCACUCCCAGACUACAUCCAUGGUCGGGGUCUCGAAGCUCGAAGCCCUUCUCGACCUGAGGGAUGAAGCCCGCUGGCUGGGACUGGAAGAGCUCGAGGCGAUGUGCGAGGAGGAGCUGAGGACUGCAGGAUUGGUCAAGCCUACGAAGCAUGCGACGAUUGCGGAAGAGACAGAGUCGGAUUUGCCCCCUACGACAGCAUCGAGUGUUGCGAGCGCGGCACCUUCUUUAAGUUCGCACGAGGGUGAGAUUUCCCCCAUCAUACCACCAGAAAGGAGCAUACCUACCCCGCCGACGUCCUCGGACAGCGACCUCACACCCCCUGCUCGCACCAGGUCUCCACCAACUACUCCGUCUGCGAACGCUGGGCGGGCGACUACUGUAGCGCGAGCUCGCCCCGUGCCCCGUCGUCAACCCUCGAACUCCUAUCAGGGAUCUCGGCCGCUCCCGGCGAUCCCCACCUCCCAAGCCAGUUCAGAGCGCCGCAGCUCCGAACCCGCGACCAAUGGUCUCCCGACCGCCAAAGCGCAGACCCUCGCGCCCGACUCGAAAACGGCCCCCAGUCUGACAGAAGACGAGAAAGCUCACCGUGCUCGGGAGAAGCUGAGUGAAGCCCUCAGCUUGCGUCGGAGGAAUGCAGGAUCGAUCAUCCAUUCGCCGAUCAUUGGUUUAGCUGCUCUUGCACCCGAACCCAGGAGCUCGAUCGCCAGUGAAGGAAGUCUGAGUCCAGGCAGGUACCUGUGA